AUGAGUAUGACAGCUCCCCGACGUAAAUGCGGGCGCUGGACAAAUGCCGAAGACGAAAUCUUGAUUCACAAAGUAAGGGCACAGGAACUGAUAGGACAGCCGCGAGACUGGAGCUCCAUUGCGGCGAUUAUUAUCGGUCGAUCGAACAAAGACUGCCGAAAACGCUGGUUGAGACUUAACGGGUGUAUAAAGAAAGGCGAAUGGAGCUCAAGUGAAGACAAACAGCUGUGCGAUGCUGUUCAGCAAUUUGGUUCCAAAUGGGUUGAAGUGUCAAAGUAUCUGAAAACGCGUUCUGCAGAUCAGUGCGCAGCGAGAUGGCAGAACUAUUUGAACCCCAAUAUUAAGCGUCAUAAGUGGUCAGAUGAUGAAGACCAGCGGUUACUGUAUGCUUUUCGCGUAUACGGAAGCAAUUGGAAAACGAUACAAAUGCAUGAGCUUACCGACAGAUCUCUGCAAGAUAUUCGCAAUCGUUAUAAGUCUCUUUCUCGGCUCUUCAGUCGCAACAGCAUGUCCCCGUUCAUCUUCUCGACUACCCAUCCAGACGCGAUAAAUCAGAUUCACGACCGGUCACCGAUGCCACCGUACGACAUGUUUUCUCUAGACGGUCCACAAUACACGCCAAUCGACGGCACAAUGCUUUUGAAUACAGUACCACCUGCCCCUAUUGACUAUGCGCGUCCCCCAAUCAACUAUACCGGCUCUGAGAGUGAAGAAACGUUAUUUCACGAAAACAUACAUGGGUUCAGCCGCUUGUGGUCACACUUGGAUGUCACUGCAGAUUUUCGAUCCCCUAUAGAAUCAAAUAAUCAACAAAUCCACAUUGAUCAGCCCGUAGCCCAUUGGGUUGAUGGCACAUACAUUUAUGAAGAGAUGGAUAUCAAGGCUACAACAUCGGAAACAAAUGGCGUCGUUACCUUCGAGGGUUUCAAUAAACAUGCGCUAGAUCAAGUAUGGGCGGCAAAUACUUCAUGA